UAGCUUGCUGACUGAUCUCAUUUCCGUAUAUAAAUAUGUAUAUAAUUAUUACGCGACCAACGAAGUCUGAGAACCGCGUGUCAUUAUCACAUCUACACUCAUUACUAUUGCAUAUUUACAUCGGUUCACAUUAACCAGCAACCCAUUGCCAGCCAAAUGUGUUCAAAUAACAGAAGUGAAAAAAUCUACACAUGUGUGAACGUGAAAUUAUAAUCGAAGCAAGACUUCUAUCGACUGAAUUAAUAAGAGAGUGAGCAACGGUGAAAUUACGCAGAAUAUCGAAAGGAGUGUCAUAACAAUGGCUCUAUAUGAUAAUAAACAUUGGUUGCUAUCACACAUAAGAGAUAGUUUCAUAUCAACUGAUGACACAGGAAUGUGUGAAAUGGUAAUGCUCGGUGAGGACAUACCGAAGCAAUUAAAAACAAACGGGGAGGCUUGCUACCCAGGAGAUGAACAAAGCGAUGAUGAGGAUUUGGACGGCGAAUCUUAUGACAUUCAGAUGGAUAUGGAAUAUGUGCAUCGUCCACGCUCCCACACUGCCCAGCGCCUUGAGAAGAUGGAGAUGGAACGAAAAAAAGCUGCCAAAGUAAAGCACAUAAAGUGGGAGCCAAAUCCCGGGGGAAUGACUGACGAAGAAAAAUUCGAAAUGUUCAAACGUAAAGAUCCUUGGAAACGCACGGGACCGAUCAACCGACAAUCAUUUUUUUCUGAACAAUUAUCAAAAUGUCCACUGGUUCCACGAAAUCCCUUCACGGACUACAUGAAAUUCGAUGGAAAUGCCCGAGUUGGUGUUCACAUCCGCAAGUAUCGAAUUUACAUGUGCAUGCUCGGUGAGGAGGAACGUCAAUACCCUUUGCAGGUCGUCGUCCUUGGUACAGCUAAAGUACAACAGUUUAUUGGUCUCAUUUGUUACAAAUAUGCUACUGAGCAUCCUCAUCACAAUCUUCAGGAAGACAUCACGAAAUACGGGUUGUACAUAACUGAAGACGACGGAGAAGUCGAUUGGGACUUCCCUUGCUUGGAUCCACGGGAAGUCAUAUCAAAAUUCGAAUUUCCAGCCCUGUGCUUAGUGGAAAUGAGCCCCUGUGACCGUGCUAAGCAUACCCCAGUUAGUCCAGUGCGAACGAUGCAUGAGAUGUUACCUAAGGCUAGUAAAAUGGAAGAGGAAAUAUUUGCAGCGGAUCUGGCACGAAUGAAAGGACACACUACUGCUAUGGAAGCUCCAUUGUAUCAAUUAUAUAGAGUAAAUAUGCUAAACAGAGUAAUAUCAAAGACUGAAAUUCAACUUGGCAUAUCUGGUGAUAAAAUCGAAAUAGAUCCUGUGAUAACAGGAAGAGUUGCGAGUAGACUGUGGAAUCGACUGCGAGCAGUCUCUUAUCAAAUGGAUCAUAUUGCCUGGUGUGAAUUGACUGAGUACAAGGGCGCAAAGGCAAUUUUUACAUUAAUUUACACUCAUCAGUUCGUCGCACAAUCAGAGGCUUUAAUACUAUCUGCGCAUUCACAACAUUCCCCCCAAACGACAGCAUUCAAAACUUACGACUUCGAAGCUGACGUAUCAGUAGCUGAAGAGAUAGUAGAUAAAAUCAAUCACCUUCUCGAAUUACGCAGCAGUGGCGCUCGAAAGGAGUUUUUACAAUACAAAGAACGAAAAGCUGCCCGAGGAAAAAGCUUCAGCCUUCACAGAUGAGAAAAAAAGUCUGGGGAACCUCAAGCCUAAUAAUGCAGUAAUAUCUCGUCUCAUUAACUUUGAAAAACAAUGACUGUAAUAUUGCAUUUUUAUUUCUUAAGGAGAAUAUAGCACAGAGCGGCAAUUGAAAAUUUUUA